AUGAACUUCAAGAGUUGUGUCGUUGUGCCAGAAUAUGCAUUAAUAGGAAAUGAAAUACUUAAGAAUGUUGCAAUAACUGUUAAUGAAAACGGAAAAAUCACAGAAAUUGCACCGUUUAGUGAGAAUGCUGUCGUCGGAAACGAAGUAAUUAAGCUAGCAAACGAGGUUCUAGUACCAGGAUUUGUUAAUGCUCAUUCACAUGCCUUUCACAGACAUCUCAGAGGUCGAAGCGAAAUUGGUGGUAAAACAGCAGAAACGUUUUGGAAAUGGAGAGAUAAUAUGUAUGGGCUGGUUGAUGGUGUUACUAAAGAGAAACUCUAUGAGUAUUGUCAUCAAACAUUUCUGGAGAUGUUAUCUGCUGGAAUUACUACUGUUGGAGAGUUUCAUUACGUACAUCAUUCUGUGAACGGGCGUUUUGAUUUGGAUUCUGCUGUGAUCGAAGCAGCUCAAGACGUAGGAAUUCGUUUAGCGCUCAUUCAGACACUAUAUGAGAGAGCUGGAUUCGAUAAUGGACCAAUACACCCGGUUCAAAAAAAUUUCAUUUCCUCUUAUGAUGAGUUCAUCGAGAACAUGGAUAAGCUAACGAAACAAGUUACUCAACCAACUGUUUCAUUAGCUGUUGCAGCUCAUUCGGCUAGAGGAGUCUCUUUAGAGAGUAUUCAAAAAUUAUUCAAGUACUCUGAACAAAAAAAUAUGGCUUUUCACAUUCACUUAGAAGAGCAGCCAAAAGAGAUUGAUGACUGUUUGAGUAUUUUGAAACUGAAUAAGACUCCGUCAGAUCUUCUUUUGGAACAAUUAAACCUUGGAAAGACAUUCACUUCCGUUCAUUCAACUUACACUACACCUAGUAACAUUGGAAAGUUUGCAGAACGGGGAUGUAACUUGUGUAUUUGUCCUUUAACGGAAGGUUAUCUAGGAGAUGGCUUUCCAUAUUUACUGCCCAAUCUUCCGAUAUGCUUUGGAACUGAUUGUAACAAUCGUAUUUGCUUUUUAGAGGAAAUGAGAUGGGCUUGUUACACGCAACAGAUGAAGUUCAACAGCCGAAGUGUUGUUGGUUUAUCAGCAUCAAAACUACUUGAAGCUGCAACAGUAGGAGGAGCACGAUCGCUUUGUUUAGAAGAAAAAGUUGGAAAAAUAGAGGUUGGUAUGCAGUUUGAUGUGGUGUCAUUCGAUCUGACUUCUCCAACGUUGAAGAAUUGCCAAAAAACAGAUGAGCUUAUCGAUUCUAUAGUUUUUGGAUGUGGAAACAGAGAAAUCAAAAGAGUUGUUGUGAAUGGGUAUCAGAACUCAAGCAUUAAAUAUUCAAGUUGA